UGUAUCAUACCUCGUUUUAGCAGUUAACUGGAAAAAAUCGUCUGCCAGGAUCGUCCAGGGAUAUUAGUUCGAGGUUCGAUCAACUAAUCAAAGUCGCCCAGUACCGUCCUUUUAUAUAUCCGCCAUGACAUAGAUCAAAGUCGAGAACUUGUCGGUCUUCGGAUUAAGGAACGGCUGAUCAUCAAGUACAUUUGUCCGGAGGUAUGGGAAAUUACGAAGUGGGAGACCGACAAGCAUCGGAUUCAUCGCUAGCCUAUGUACAAAUUGGAGGCUGCGGACAUCGCGACCUCCAUUCUCAAGCGAGACAACUCUCGUUGCUUUCCCCAAACGGCGCGAAUUAAACUUUCCUCGUUGGUGUUUGGUGCUGAUGUGGAUGUCUAUCUUAAAUCACACUUUCCUCAUCUAUUUUAGAAGUUCGCACACGUAAUAUUAUUUGAAAAACUGAAUUUCCUGCUGGCAGGCCCUAAAACAACAAUUAAAGUGACGAAUGUUAGUGGAUGAGAGAAUGUAGAUUCAUUUUCUGAAAGCGACACUCGACGGACAUGGAGUAAGGCUUAAUUUCUCAUCAGUUAUGACCGUACGCCACAUGUGUACUAGCUAGCGUUUGGAAAGGAUUUCUGCUUUGUCAGAAUAAAGUGUCAUCGGUCAAGGGAAUGGCUUCUGCAGAGAGCUCAGGGUCAGCAAGUUCUAGGUACAUGGGAAAUGAUGAAGACCUCAUGACAGAGAUCCAUAAGAAAAUAUUGUGUCGUGAUCGUCAGAUCAGAAUGCUCCUAUCUUUUUUCGGUGAGAGAAAACAUAAAACACCAAGUUCCAUUUUCAUCUAUGGCCACACUGCAACUGGAAAGACAUACAUUAUAACAACACUGAUGCACAUAUUGCAACUACCAAAUGUGUUCAGCAACUGUAUAGAAUGCAGCAGCUCUCGCUAUCUUUUUGAGCAUAUUUUGAACAGCCUGCCAGCAGGCGCAGCAAAUGGGGAAAACAAUGAUAAAAGGAUUUCAUGUGACAAUAUGAAUGAUUUUGUUCGCCUUCUGAAGUUGGAAGUAGGCAGAAGACAGUUACUGGAUGAAACAAUCUACAUUGUGCUGGACAAAGCAGAGAGAAUGCGAGAAAUGGAAUUCAAUAUUAUUCCAGCCUUUCUUCGUCUUCAGGAAUUGACAGGUCUCAACAUUUGCACAGUUAUGCUCAGUGAAAUUGUGUGGGAGAAAUUUCGUGUGGGAACAGGAUUUUGUGAACCAUUUCCUCUUCAUAUACCUGACUACACUCAAGAUGAACUAGCCAGAAUAAUGAUGCUUGACUGCCCAGGCGGAUGGAGUACUGAGACUUACGGCAACUAUGUUAGCCUUUUCCUGUCUGUGUUUUAUCAAAUUUGUCGAGAUCUUAGAGAACUAAGACACAUGGCUUUACUGAAUUUUCCCAAGUAUACUGAGCCAAUUAAGAAGGGAGAAGCAACAGAAAAGGACUCUAGAAAGUUGUGGCGAAAUAUUGAGCCUCAUCUAAAGAAAGCGCUACAGACAGUGUAUCUUAGAGAAGUAUCCAGUGCCCAGUGGGAGAAGAUGCAGAACAUGUCAAAUGAGGAAAAUGAGGCCCGAAAAAGUCAUAUAGAUGUUUGUUCCACUCGGAGUUACCUAGAACUACCCUUUUAUCCCAAAUACCUGCUGAUUGCUGCAUAUAUAGCAUCAUACAAUCCAGUCAUUUCAGACAGACGAUUUUUUUCAAAGAAAGCAAGCAGAAUCAGCAAGCGUUCAAAACUGAUAAAGAAACAUGAGCGUGCUUCAAACCAUCUGCUUGGCCCAAAGCCAUUUCCUCUUGACAGACUGUUGGCUAUUUUCUACUCUAUAGUGGAAGACAAAAUUUCUCCUUCUGCCAUUAUUUUUUCUCAGAUCAGCAGCCUGGUCAGUUUACAGCUGCUGGGUCAGAUGUGUGCUGAUGGACAGAUAGACGCUGUUCGCUACAAGUGCCUCGUGUCUUUAGACAUGAUCCGGUCUGUGGCCAGGACAGUAGGUUUCGAUAUCAUGAAGUACCUGUAUGACUUUGUGUAAUGAGUGCUGCCUUCAAGAGUUACAUCUUAUGACUGCCAUUUAGUAAACCGGAGGAUGAACCAAAAGACAGUUUAGUAUUGUGUAGUAAUUGUGCAACUUUGACAAGUGUUAACACUGCAGUCCCUUUCUUAUCACUGCUACUUUACUGCUAUGAAUGCAGCUAAACCACCACUACCAUGAAAAAUAAAAUUUACGAGAUAUACAGAGAA